AUGGCGAAGAAAGACAUCAGACUGCGGCAAUCUAUCCCAGUGCACAAGCGACUAGCGGUAACAUCAUGGCGGCUAGCAACGGGCGACACAUACCGAUCUACAGGACUACAAUUCGGUAUUGGACGGUGCACGGCCAUGUUGAUAAAUAAGGAUUUUUGCAAUGCUAAUGCUAAACGUGCUAAAGAAUUCAUCAAACUUCCAGAAACCGAACAAGAGGUGCUACAAAGUAUUAGAUUGUUUACAAACAAGUCUCCAUUUCCCCAAGUAGUAGGGGCUAUUGACGGUUGUCAUAUUGCUUUGAAGACAGUGCCUGUGGACGAGCGAAUUGAUUACUUCAACCGAAAGCAAGAUUAUUCUGUUGUGAUUCAAGGUGUUGCUGACGCGUCAUUUCGAUUUCUCGACAUAAGUGCAGGCUCUCCUGGUAGCAUUCACGAUGCGCGUGUUCUUCGUUUAAGCAAUCUGCACAGGGAAAUUGAACAAGGCAACUGGCUGAACGGGCCUACAAAACAAAUUUCUGGUUCCGAAAUUAGACCUUUGCUUGUCUGAGACUCAGCAUAUCCCUUAUCUGUUUGGUCAAUGAAGCCCUUUAAGCAAACACGUACGUUAAGUGAACGACAACUGCGGUUUAAUCGUGCUCUCAGUCAAGCCCGUGUUGUUAUCGAACAGGCCUACGGAAUCUUGAAAGGGCAAUGGAGGUGCCUUUACAAGGCAAUGGUAGAAAAGACAAGUAGAGUGGCCAUCACGAUCUUGGCAUGCUGUGUUCUUCACAAUAUUUGUGUCGAUGUGGGAGACCCUAGCCCCAUAGACAUUGGGAGAUGA